AUGCCGCUGUUUAAAGCAUGGGAUGUGUCCAGGACCAAAAGAAAAUGUGUUGUUGCAAAUUCACUGGACGAACUGACCAGAAAAGGUAAGGGGUUUGAGUGUGUUGUAUUACAGAGCCCAGCACAGUUGGUCGAGCGACGGUUAGAGCUUAUUCGGGGUUAAAUUUUAACCCGGGUUUCUUUUUCUUUUGAACAAAAGCACUCUCUCGGAAAAAUUUUCUCGAUUCUUUUUAGAGUAUCCGAUCAUCAAAUAUAAUUGUAGGCAAAGAGAAUUAAACUGAAUUUACUUUUUAAGCUCUCAUAUGUGAGUUUAUCGUAUCAAGUGACGUCAUUUUGGCGCGAACUAUUUGCGUCCCUUUAAAAAACGAGUGAUGUUAAACGGAAAAACCGUCAGGGAUGGGUGACACUUGUACUUCAAUAGCUGAUGAGGUGAUAUUCGGUGAAGAAAUAUCAAAACUGUGAAAAGUUUUUUUUUCAAAGUAUGUCAAAACAAACAUAUAACGGAUAAGCUGCCACGGGCUCCCAACGACUGUCUUAUCCUAAAUGCAUUGAAAACACCAAAGUACUUUUAGAUCUCUAGACUGAAGCAUUCUAAGCGACGCUGUAAAAUUUGUAUCUGUUCGGUCAUCCUAGGGGAACUUGCGUCUAUUCGAAAUUACAAGGGCUUAAGUAUUAUUUUCCAGAAAAUUUUAGAUGAAAUUUGACGUAUUACGAAAGUGAGACAUUUUCUAAUUCCCCUCUCCGCCACAUUUUUAAAUCCGAAAAUUGUAGGUUUCCCUUCCUUCUACAAAAAAUAGCCUGACCUGGGAGGUAAAAUGCGAAAAUUAAACUUCAGAAAGUCGUAGGGAAUUUAGUAGGUAAGCUGCGAAAAAUUUUUAGCCGUUCUCAAGUAAUAGAAAUUCUAGGCAGAACAGAUGUUUUACAGAAAACAGUCGUUGGGUGCCCCUGGACGGUUUCCUCGUAAAUACAUUGAAAACACUUUUUAGGCUAUGCAGAGUACUUUUAGAUAUCUAGAUAUGAAUUCUCCUGAAGCGGCGCUAUAAAAGUUUGCAAAGUUUGCAUACGCCAUGAAAGAAAACAUAAAAUUAAAAAUAUAAAAACUUUGUAGAGCGCGCGCUCAAAACAAAACAAGUCGGUAAUGUUUUCCCGCUCCAUGGCUGCCAGGAAAAUCCGGCCUUGGUAAAGUACUGAAAUGGAGAAAGAAAAAACGCCCACUAAACUUUGUAUUGGAAUACAGGUGAAAGAACUAAAUCGAAAUACAGCCGAAAAAAAGAGCUACACAGCUCAAUAGAAUUUGGAUCAAAACUCAAGUCACGUUUCAUGUGGAGUGAUCGGGUUUGAUUGACAGCGCAUCAGUAAAACCGUUCGCGAUUGGAUAAAACCAAAAGGAGGACAAUAGGCAUUUUGCAUGAGUUGAUCACGUGAUUAACAUUCGGUAAACACGAAAACAAUUCGCCUUUGAGCAAGAGCAUAUUAAAAUUAGGGUUAUUUUGGCAAUGAUUUACAUGGGCAAACUGGCCCCGGUUGUUCAAACGUUGGAUAGCACUAUCCACCGGAGAAAUCACUAUCCAGAGGAUGGCGUAAUUGGUUUCCAAAAUACUUAUCCGCUGGAUAGUGAUUUAUCCGGUGGAUAGCGCUAUCCAACGUUUGAACAACCGGGGCCUGGUCGGUCCAAGGUCUGGGCAAAUGAAGCGCAAAAUUUAGGACCGGUAAAUGUCGUCCCGGAAUCGCGUUUACCAUUUGUACAAAUGAGUUCCAUUUACCAAAAAGCGACCGCGAAGGCCUGAACGGCUUUGAAGAAAUGCAACACGGAUUUUCGUUUGGAAUAUUCCUUCCGGAAAAGCAGGACUACCCUUUUAGAUGUUACGUUGCUCCCGGAAAUUUUCCGAUGGAACGACCCAAAAAGUCCACCCACUGCACGUUUGCAUGGUUUUCCACACAAAUCCUUGUAAAUUUCAAAAUUUUCAAAACUGUCAAUCAAAUCAAAUCUCCUUUUAAUUCAUUACAGGCAAUUUGAGCCCUAAGCCGGCGUAAGCUAAAAGGGAAAGAUUUAACGAAAAUUAAAAAAUGUUAGAAUUUACAAGGAUUUGUAUGAAAAACCAUUCAAACGUGACUGGGUGGUGGGAGUUGUUUUUCUCAUACAAAUCCUUCUAAUUUUCGGCGGCCGUUGCAAUCACUACUUUUAAGAUUAUGGCUGAAAAUUUAUUUCAGCUUAACCGAUCUGUUUUCGUGUUUACCGAAAGUUGAUCACUUGAUCAGCUCAUGCAAAGGGCCUAUUCCUCCAGUAAAUUUGGGGCGCUGCAGGGGAUAAAUGUCCUUCGAGCGGGGGCCAAGUACCGGAACCGGAAAUGGUAAAAAGUAAAGUGGUAAUGUGCCUCGAGACACUAAGAAGUUUUCUUUGCAUCACGCCUAAGUUGUUCAAACGUUGGAUAGCGCUAUCCACCGGAUAGAUCACUAUCCAGCGGAUGUAUUAGAAUUAGAGAAGCUAUUGCGCUUAGUAUCCAGUGGGGGAUGCUGUCCCAAAAAUUUUGAAUUUAGAGCUUGUGAAAUCACCGGAAACGCACCGGUUUAUUUCUACCAACCCGGAUGAAAUUUUGUCAAAUUUCGUGGCGGAUUUACGGGAUUGUCCAGUGGACCAUGGUCAGCCCUUUUUCUGUGAAAUUUUGUAUCAUUUUUAAAGAAUUCUCAGUUAAAUAAUUAGUAUUUAUAUAACUGCCAGUGUCCCAGCCGCCCCUUUCUGAAUUUUGUUUUCCCAACUACCCAUUUCUGAAUUUUCUGGAUCUGCCCCUGAAUUUUAUCACUAUUCCAGUUUGUUUUCUGCAAAAAAAACGUACCUUUAACAAGGGGAAUUGUGCUUGCUUUUAUCAGUCGGCGUGCUUCUCCCGUGAUUUUGUCCUGAACAAAUUUUUAAUAACUAUAAAGGAGUUCAGCAUGACAAUUGCAUGACGGAUAAAUUGCGGCAGCGAUAAAGUGGGCCUAAACAUACCGUUCUAUUGUCUUUUCAAGAAAAAACAGGUGACGCUCGCGCGUGCGCAGAAUCGGGACACUGUCCCUUUAAGGAAUACAUUGUUUGAUGGGACAGUAUUCGAACUGUGCUUUCUGCUUUACAUAGUAAUAUGAUAAAGGCAUAGCUUUUCUUGAAACAAAGUGAUAUAUGCGAAAGGAGUGUUUCAUGAAUCUGGUGUAAGACUAAUUAAACUUGACAAAAUCCCAGUCAUUGUUUUAUUUUAAUUCAUAAUUCCUUCCCGGACCCAGGUAAAAAAAAAUUAGGCAUUCAGGAGGAAAACUGUAAAGUCUUCGACGAAUCUGAUGGCACAGAAAUAGACGACGACGAAUGCCUGUUGGCCUAUGACAAAGGCACGGUUUUUAUACUCGGCAAUGCAUGGAAGCCGGACACAGUUGCACCGCACAUCCAUCCAGAAACGGAGCCGGAGGUGGAAAAAUACACCUAUGUGGAGUCAGAGAUAGAUUUAGCGAUAACAAAAGAAGCCGCCGCA